AUGGUUUGGGUGUGGCUGUGGUUGUUUGGGGCCUGCCAGCACCCGCCGCCGGUCGAAGCCGUCAGUGGGCUUUAUGUGAACAACCAGCGGCUCGAGCAGGGCACGGAUAGCUGGCGUCACGAAGUCGCGAAAGGUGAGCUACUGACGAAAGCAAACUUCAGCGGGAGCGAUCCGGCGGCCAGCUGGAUCCAGCUGUACUGGGACCGAAACGCAACCCCUGUCCGGUACGCGGACGACCUCGCCUCGAUCAAGAACACACUGCACGAUACGCACCCAACGUACAUCGGGGACGCUUUACGCCCUUCAACCAACCUGCCAGCGACGCUAUCAACCGUGCCAGGAUUCCCUAGCACCACCCAGGCCACUCCGAGCAAACAGCAGCAGCAGCAGCACCCCCCGCGUGUCCGCAAGAGGACGCGAACGACGCGUAAACCGCCCCCAACACCUUCGCCAGUGAACAAGAAAAACACGGCGUUAACACCGGAACUGAUGGCGCUACUGCAGCGUUACUACUCCUUCAGCUGCACCCUGGUGCCGAAGCGGAACCAGGUCCCCUUGAACACCGGCACGACACGCAGGACACCGGUGGCGACGAGCGCACCAACCCGGCCACGCAAACCAACCAAACGCCGCACCAAACCGACGGUGGCAACGGUGUACGUGACACCACCGGUGAUAAAGCGGCUCGGCGGCAUGCUCGAGUCCGUGUACAACUUCAUGGAGAACGCCCUCACCAGCACCGAGAUCGAGCGGGCAGCAACGAACCCACCAACGCCAGCGCCCGGAACGCGUAAGGUAAAGCGCAACACUGGCACCGAACUGCCAGCGCCGGGCAUCGCCUACACCGCUACACCGGCGCCAGCACCAGCCGCCGAAUCGCGGACAGACUCGGGCGAGGGUGGUGGGUGGGGCCGUUUCACUGCAGCUGCGGCGGACCGGGUGACGAUCGCAGGGCUGCCCGCCGUGCUGACUAGCGGUAGCGAUGGCAACAAAAACAAGAUGACGACCAACAUUCAGGUGACGAGCGAGUAUACGGCCGCUACACCGCCGACCGGUCCGCUGGCGAAGCCAAACCGUGUUGUGGAGGAUGAUAGCAGUGAGUCGGAUGAAUCCGCAGAUUACUACGGUGGCUUUGACGAUGACGAAGAUGACGACGAAGAUGACAGUGAUGAGGAUGAGGGCGACGAAGAAGGGGGAGAAGCUGAAGCGAUACAGCCAAACCGGCGUCGCCGCCCAACGGUCUCGAUCAACGAUAAGGACUACGAUGAGCUUGGCCCCUCGGAAACGGGUAACCGGAGACCGAUCCGGAAGCGGCGCCGCCGAAGAAGAAAACCACCAACGACGACUACGAGUGGCAGCUACGAAAACAGUGCGGACGGCUCUUCCUAUGAAGAUGACGACGACGAAGAGGAAGACGACGAAGAGGAGGACGAGUACAGCGCAAAGGACGACCGAUUGUCGUCGUCGUCGUCGGAAGAAGAGGAGGAGGACGAACCACCGGGCUUCCUCUCCGGUAUGUUUGCCACGUUUAGCCGCUUUGUCCGAUCGCUCGGCUUCGGUGGCACCGUGCUCCGUGCCGGUGGCGAUGUCGAUGAGGACCGGGGACGCAGCACUACUCCGCGGGUACUGGCCGCCCGUAAACGACCGACGCGCAGUACCACCGCCGAUUCGCACCGAUUCGGUUCGGUGGCAACGGUACCGAGCCGCCAUGCACCUUUUCCGCCCUUUCUUUUGAACGAGCUGGACGAAAGCGUCGUGGACCACGAGGAACCAACAACAACAACAACAACAACAACGCCGCCGGAAGGGCCAUCUGGUGGCAUGGCGAGCUGGUUCGCUGGUUUGAUGAUGCCCUCCUCCUGGGACGUGUUCAAUCCCUGGGGUACUGGCGACUGGGAACCCAGUGAGGCGCAGCAGCAGCAGCAGCAGGUGGAAGAAUCUUCCUCAUGGUUUGCACAGUGGUUCGGUGGUGCUGGUGGUGGUGAUGGUAAUUCGGGCACCACUUCGACGCAGUCCCCCCCAAACACGACUACCAGCGGACCGGCGGUGGUGCAGCUACCGGAACACUUACUGUCGGCGUUAACCCAGUACGUGGUGCACGGCGGUGCGACCACACGUCCCCCUAGGCGCCGAUCGUACGCCGGCUAUCAGCUGUGGCGCCUGACGGUCCAGACCGUGGAGCAACUCCGUGCGCUCACCGAUUACCGUCGAUCGCCGGCCGGGCUCGAGCUACGGUGGUGGAUCGGUCCGUCGGUGCGCGGGUUAACCGAUGUGCUCGUACCACCGACCGGCCCGGCACAGUCCCGGUUCCGCGGCCUCCUCCGGGACGCCGGGAUCGGCUACCGGGUGACGAUCGGCGAUGUGGGGCGUGCGAUGGCGUACGAGAAUCCGCGCACGACCCGCCGGGACCAGCUCGAGACGGAGCUGCGGCAGGGCCACCCGUUGACCUGGUACCGCUAUCACCGGUACGCCGAUAUCGCCAAGUUUCUUGGCACGCUGCACCGUCAGCACGGGGCGCGGGUCCAGCUGCUACACGUUGGCCGCUCGUACGAGGGUCGCCCGCUGACGGUGGUUCGUGUGUCCUUUGCCCAACCGACCGGGCGACCGGGGCGACCGGGGCGACCGGGGCGCCGACCCGCCAUCUUUAUCGAGGCCGGUGUACAGGGACGGGACUGGAUCGGACCGGCCGUUGCCACCUGGCUGCUGAACCGGCUCGUUGAGCUUCCAGCGGGUGGGGACCGGCGGGCGGGGAAUGGUACACAGCAGCCGGAGGAGGGUGGUGGGUUGGAAUCCGUCCAGUCGUACGACUGGUACGUGUUGCCCGUGCUCAACCCGGACGGUUACGAGUACAGCCACGAGCACGAUCGCAUGUGGGCCAAGAGCCGGCGCAAUGCCAGCGAGGACGACGAUCCGGAACCGGGUGUCCUGGCGAGCGCACUAGCGAGCUGGUGGCCGCGACCGGGCGACCGGGCAUCCGGCGACAGUUCGGAAGGGCGGCACCGGUGCACCGGUGUCAAUCUGGACCGGAACUGGGGCCACCGGUGGGGCGAGGGUAGCGGUGCGUCACGGAGCCGGUGCAGCGAGGACUAUGCCGGGCCGGCACCGUUCUCCGAACCGGAAACCCGUUCCGUGCGUGACUUUCUGCUCGGGGGCGGGGGUGGCCGUAGCCGGCGUAACGUGCGCCUCUACCUUUCGCUACGCUCGUACGGUCAGGCCCUGUCCUACCCGACGCCGGCAGAAGAAGCGCCGGAGGCGAACGAAACCGAACGCGACGAGGACGUGCACGAGAUGGGGUCCGUGGGGCUGGAUGCGUUGCGUGGAUCGGCCGAUGGUAACGAUCCGAGCGUGCCGUACCGGCUCGUGCCGGGAAUUUCGACCGUCGGUGGUGCAGCAUCCGGUACGGCGGUCGAGUACGCUCGGUACGGGGCGGGCAUCCGGUAUGCGUACACCGUCCGGUUGCCCGACACUGGCACCCACGGGUUUCUGCUGCCACCGUCCAGCAUCGUGUCGACGGGGCGUGAUCUGUUCGAGCUGAUCAAGGGCAUGAUCGAGUACAGCUAA